UAUCAUCUCACUGCCACAGCAUCCGGCUUGUAAAGAAACAUCAAACUGAAAGUGCUGGACUGCCCUGACUGUGCCAUAUUAGGCUAACUUUGAUCAUUUUAGUCAAGGACAGUUUCAACGACCUGAAAAAAUGUCUCGCAGAUAUGAUUCUCGGACAACCAUAUUUUCUCCUGAAGGACGCCUGUAUCAGGUGGAGUAUGCCAUGGAAGCAAUUGGACAUGCUGGAACAUGUUUGGGGAUUCUAGCAAAUGACGGAGUGCUGUUGGCAGCAGAGAGACGCAAUAUCCACAAGCUGCUUGAUGAGGUGUUCUUCUCUGAGAAGAUCUACAAGCUCAAUGAAGACAUGGCCUGCAGUGUUGCUGGGAUUACGUCAGAUGCAAAUGUACUGACAAAUGAACUGCGGCUAAUUGCUCAGAGAUAUCUAUUGCAGUACCAGGAGCCUAUACCCUGUGAGCAAUUGGUGACAGCCUUGUGUGACAUCAAGCAAGCCUAUACACAGUUUGGAGGAAAGAGGCCAUUUGGUGUUUCUCUUCUGUACAUGGGUUGGGACAAACACUAUGGUUUCCAAUUGUACCAGAGUGACCCCAGUGGCAACUAUGGAGGCUGGAAAGCCACCUGCAUUGGCAACAACAGUGCUGCUGCAGUGUCCAUGUUGAAACAGGACUUCAAAGAAGGGGAGAUGACUCUGUCCUCUGCUUUGGCUUUGGCAGUCAAAGUCCUCAACAAAACAAUGGAUGUCAGUAAACUGUCAGCAGAAAAAGUGGAGAUUGCCACCCUGACACGAGAAGAUGGGAAAACGAAAAUCAAGGUUCUUAAACAGAAAGAAGUAGAGGAACUCAUCAAGCGACACGAGGCUGAAGAGGCCAAGGCCGAGAAGGACAAAAAGGAGAAAGAGCAGAAGGAGAAAGACAAAUGAGAUCAAUAACAUUUCGUUCCCCUUGUGUCACCAAAUCCUGUAUUGUUUUUUCUUUUACAUUAAAAGUUUGGAAAUGGA